AUGGCCAAAAAAACAUGGCAAGUAAAAGAAAUGUUUGAAGGAGAAAGAGACGAAGAGGGAGAAGAUAGUGAGGAGACGGAGGAAGAUAGAGAGAACGUGGAUGAUGGAUGGAGGUUUGGGGGAAACAAUGAAGAGGAAGACGAUGAAGAGACCGAGGAUGAAGACUAG